AUGGCCCCCGCUGCUUCUGCUCGUGGUCGCAAGGCCCAGAAGGUCACCAAGAAGUUCGUCAUCAACGCUUCUCAGCCCGUGAGCGACAAGAUCUUCGACCUCUCCGCUUUCGAGAAGUUCCUCCACGACCGCAUCAAGGUUGAGGGCCGUGUCGGCAACCUCGGCGACAAGGUCGUCAUCUCCCAGGCCGGCGAUGGCAAGAUCGAGGUUGUCGCUCACAUUCCCUUCUCUGGUCGCUACCUCAAGUACCUGACCAAGAAGUACCUCAAGAAGCAGCAGCUCCGUGACUGGCUGCGCGUUGUCUCCACCUCCAAGGGCGUCUACGAGCUCCGCUUCUACAACGUCGUCAACGAGGAGGGCGAGGAGGAUGAGGAGUAA